AUGCCAGUAGAAUUAUCUAUACAUCGACUAUUCCUAUUGGCUCGAGCUGCAAAUUGUCAUUCCAAACAUUUCGCAAUGCCUAAAAUUGGUACUCACGAUGGGAAAUUCCACUGCGAUGAGGCCUUUGCAAUCUUCUUGCUAAAAUCACUUCCAAAAUACAGUAACUAUGAGAUUGUGCGAAGUCGUGAUAAGGACGUGUUGAACUUAUGUAAUAUUGUGGUUGAUGUCGGUGGUGAGUAUAACCAUGCCGCAAUGAAGUAUGAUCAUCAUCAAAGGGACUUUACUCAUACAAUGAACACAUUGCGAGUAAUGAACUUUGAUACGAAAUUAAGUUCAGCGGGUCUUAUUUAUGCCCACUAUGGGAAGAGCGUUAUUAGCACGUUACUUGGAUUACCGGACAAUGAUUUCAUGAUUGACAUUUUAUUCGAAAAAGUCUAUGAAACAUUCGUGGAAUCUAUCGAUGCAAUAGACAAUGGAAUUGCUCAGUUUGAUGGCGAACCAAGAUAUUAUUUGGGUGGUACGCUCUCGUCUCGAGUUUCAAUGUUAAAUCCUGCAUGGAAUGAAAAUACAAUCAAUGUCAAUGAAAGGUUUAUGAUGGCAAUCAAACUGGUCGGCAAGGAAUUCAAUGAGCUCCUCAGUUAUCUCUGUAAAUCCUGGUUACCAGCGCGUAAUCACGUUGUGAGCGCAGUCACUCAUCGUUUUGACAUUGACAAAAGUGGUCAAAUAUUUUGCCUAAAAAGUGGUGGAAUGCCGUGGAAAGAUCAUUUUUUUCUCGUAGAAAGAGAACUUCAUUUAAAAAACGACGAUGUUGUAUAUGUUAUUUACGAAGAUAAUACAAGUGCUCAAUGGAGAGUGCAAGCUAUUCCGAUAAGCCAAAGGCAGCCCUUUGAAAGCAGGUUGCUCUUACCAGAGACAUGGCGUGGUCUUCGUGAUGCAGAAUUGACAAAGGUAGCGGAUAUACCUGGCUGCAUCUUCGUUCAUCCAACUGGUUUUAUCGGAGGCAAUAAAUCAAUGCAAGGUGUUGUAGAAAUGGCAAGGAAAUCGUUGUCUCUUGCCGGGAAAUAUAAGAACUAA